ACACCUGCAACAGAGAUAGAGGGAGAACCCCGAGCGCAUGCACACAGACACAAAAACACAAGUAAACACCAGCAAGAAACAUUCUGCUAACAGACUUCACUCUAAUUGCCCUCAUCUGUGUGAAGCAAAAUGAAAGACUGGCGCUGGUUACCUUUACAAAGAGUAAUUUAUCCCUCGGUGGAGCACUCCAUGUCCAAGAUGUCCCAAUCCUCCACCAACGACGAGGGUACCACCUUUGAGCACCUUUGGAGCAGCUUGGAGCCGGACAGCACAUAUUUUGAGCUUCCUCAGACUGGUCAUCCAGGGGACAGGGGACCAUCCAACAGCCUGCCCAACAACCGGGCUGAGGUGUGCAUGGAUGUCUACCAAAUGAGGGACCUGAAUGACAACGUUAUGUCUCAGUAUAGCUUGCUGAGCAGCAGUAUGGAGCAGGGAUUGGGGAACCGUGCAGCGUCCACCAGCCCCUACAGCUCUGAGACUGCCUCCAACGUCCCCACGCCGUCGCCCUACUCACAGCCCAACUCCACCUUCGAGGCCAUGUCCCCGGCUCCGGCCAUCCCCUCCAACACGGACUACCCCGGGCCGCACAGCUUCGAGGUGACCUUCCAGCAGUCCAGCACGGCCAAGUCCGCCACAUGGACGUAUUCUCCAUUGCUGAAGAAGCUGUACUGUCAGAUCGCUAAAACCUGCCCAAUUCAGGUCAAGCUGGCCUCGGCACCCCCACAUGGCAGUGUGGUACGAGCCAUGCCCAUCUACAAGAAAGCUGAACAUGUGACUGAAGUUGUCAAGCGCUGCCCCAACCACGAGCUUGGGCGUGAAUUCAACGAAAGUCAGUCUGCUCCAGCCAGCCAUUUGAUCAGAGUUGAGGGGAAUAACUUGAGUCAAUAUGUGGACGAUCCAGUAACGGGCAGACAGAGUGUAUUUGUACCUUAUGAAACCCCACAGGUGGGAACAGAGUUCACAACAAUUUUGUAUAAUUUCAUGUGCAACAGCAGCUGUGUCGGUGGAAUGAACCGCAGGCCCAUCCUCAUCAUCAUUACCCUGGAGACAAGAGACGGUCAGGUGUUGGGACGUCGCUCUUUUGAAGGCCGGAUAUGUGCCUGCCCAGGCCGAGACCGUAAAGCAGAUGAAGAUCACUUCAGAGAACAGCAGGCACUUAAUGAGAGCGUAGCCAAGAAUGGCAAUGCCAACAAACGCAAUUUCAGACAGACCCCACCCAACAUUCCAGGCCCUCCCAUCAACAUCAAGAAGAGAAGACAUGGAGAAGAGGAGAUGUACUACAUCCCAGUGCGAGGACGGGAGAACUUUGACCUCCUGAUGAAGAUCAAAGACAGUUUAGAAUUAGUGGAAUUGGUGCCACAGCAGUUGGUAGACUCCUACAGGCAACAGCAACAGCAGCUACUUCACAGACAGGGUCAUGUGACCUCUCCGUCUUCCUAUGGGACACCAAUGAGCAACAUGAACAAAGUCCAUGGAAACAUCAGCAAGCUUCCCUCAGUCAACCAGAUAGUGGCUCACCAGACGCAACAGGGUGCAGGGCCCUCCAGCAUGGCACACAUGGGUGCAAACAUGCUGGGCGGCCACCACAUGCAGACAAACGGUGACGUGAAUGGAGCGCACUCAGGCCAGUCUAUGGUUUCUGCAUCUCACUGCACCCCUCCCCCUCCCUACAACCCAGACCCCAGCCUCGUCAGCUUCUUAACCAGCCUGGGCUGCCAAAACUGCAUCGACUACUUCACCUCGCAGGGCCUCCAGAGCAUCUACCACCUGCAGACCCUCACCAUGGAGGAUCUUGGGGCUCUUAAGAUCCCGGAGCAGUACCGCUUGGCCAUAUGGCGGGGCCUGCAGGACAUGAAGCAAAGUCAUGACUAUGGGCAGCAGCUCAUUCGCUCCAGCAGCAACAUGGCAACCAUGGCUAUCGGCCCCAGCGGAGAACUGCAGCGGCAGCGGGUCAUGGAGGCUGUGCACUUCCGCGUGCGCCAUACCAUCACAAUCCCCAACCGCGGCGGCCCCACAGGGGGUGAGGACUGGGCAGACUUUGGUUUUGACAUGCCAGACUGUAAGACACGCAAGCACUCUAUUAAGGAGGAGUACGCUGAGGGAGAUGUUCGCUAAGAGGGAGACACUGCUCAUGUGUUUAUUCUUUAUUUGUCAUAAUCAGUUGAUUUUCCAUAAUUUUCCUGCCAGGACUGAAAUGGACAGUUUUAAUGUUAAUAUUUUUUUUUUUAUUAUUAUUAUCUCACUAUUACAGGGUACUAAAGCAUGCUCAAUGCAACAAAAACUCCCCCCAGACCUUUUGUAAAGAGUCAUUGUAAAGGAAAAUGCUAGAACUUAUAACACUGGUAACAGUAAAUUUCUUCUCUAAUAUGUGGGUGGUUAUGCAUCAGUUUGCUGAUGCAUUUCAAAGUAAUAGAAAACAAUUGAUGCAUGAGAUUAAUAUCUGGUAAUAUCUGAUUAACGUCAGGUAAACUGAAAUUUUAGCUAAAUUUUUAUAACUUUUAUAAAUAAAAAAAAAAGGUCCCAAUACAUACAGUUCAGUAGCAGUUCAGGCAUUACUUAACAGUUUGUUCAUGUCUGGUAAUUGUCAUAGACAAUCACUGUUACAAUUUUAGAAAGAUUAUAUUCAUCAUUUUCAUUCUGAAGCAGCUCUCUUGGUUUAUUUAUAAAAAGUGAAUGGCAAAUAUGAAAAUACAAGGGGACCUGUUAUUGUAAAUUGUUACAAUCAUAUUGCCACACGUGACACAUUUAAAUCAUGUCCAAUUUUUACAGCUUACGUAUAUUUACCUCGUACCUACCAAGUGGUUGCAUUUAGUUGGUUUACUAGUACUUGACUGUAGCUGCCACCCGGCUGUUAUUUGCCAACAGCUAGUGCUCUCUCAUGAAUGGUCCACUGUCUAAAAAAGCCAGUCCAUUAAUUUGUAAUUUUGCCACCUAACAAAUCCCACUGUAUGAGCAGCACUGUUUAACCAGUUAAUCUGUCCAGCAGCAGUCUAGUCUUGGGAUUUAAAACUAACCUUUAUCUAUUUGGCAGACAGACUUAGAAAAUGGCCAGAAAGUGUAGGUUAAAAGUAAAUGUACCUCUGUCUCAUAUGUAUAAAUCAUUGAUACAAAGUAAUAAAGUAUGCCCAGUAAUAAAGUAUGUUAUAAUCUUUUUAAACCUUAAAAACUGCAACAAUGAUUGAUCAUAACUGAUUCCUACCUAUUAUAUUGUCAGAAUCAAUUUAAAUGGUGUAAGCCAUUCUCAAGAGCUCAAGAGUGAUCUUGGAGUAUAUUGUCUUUACAGAGGUUUUAUUUUGUGAGUAUUUUGCAGAUUGUUUUAUUGGGUGGUCACAAAUACAUGAUCCCUGAACAUCACAUAUUUGCAAGGCAAGUCCGCUGUACAUCAUCUCACGAAAGAAACAAAGAAACCAACAAAACAUGAAUUGCUUCUUUUUGGAAUCUGCUACCCUUGUAUGAAUCCUAGUAUUAUGUGUCAUGUUGUUUACUUAGCGAUAAAUGUAUAAUGUAAAAUAUUGGGUUUAGAAAAAGGUUUUAAAACGCAUUUAAAACAGUUUUGCUCAAAAAAAUUCCCCCAAUUCUGUUGUAUUAGCCUUGCAGGACAAGGUUUAUUUAACAUGCUAAACAGUUGUAUACAGUUGUUUUUUGGUUUGUUUGUCAUUUUGUGUAAUUUGUCAUUGUUUUAAUAUGCUGUAUAAGACUGGUACAAUACUGAUAAUAUACAUAGAAUAACACAAAUAUUGACCAAAGCCCAGGUAUUAAUAUCUUUGGAGGACUUCAGUAGACCUCAAUCCAAAUAGACAAACGUUAUGUAGAAACAAGCAAGCAUUUCAACUGCCGAGUAAGACUCUUAAAAGUGUGAGAAGGUGCUUUAAAUGGUUCUUGGAGUGAUGCCAUAGAAAAAUAUAUUUUGAUCAACAGUUAAGAGUUAUGAGUGUGAAAGUUCUAUAGACAGGUCAUGAUAAUUAACGGACCUAAAGUUUGAGAAACAGACAUCCCAACUCUCCUGUGACUCGUGGAAUUCUCCCACAUACUGAUGAGGCUCACUAAUGCUCUAAUGCUCACUAAUCCUAUACAAUAUCCCAGAAUUAGGAUAGUUGAUAUUGAACAGACCUAAGGAGAGGUGUGACACAGAGUAUCCGGAUUGGUGGGGGGCUUGGUGCUUGGUUUUUGCAGGGUGGGAUGUCUGUAAAACUGUAUUGGUAGAAAUCAUCUGUCUGGACUAAACUGAUAUACGCACUUGUAAAAAAAGUCUCUUCAAUCUGUCAAAUGAGGAUCUAUUAUUCCUCAGCUGACCUUGUUUGUUAAUGGGUGUAAUGGGUGUAGUUGCAGCAGCUCACAGUGGUCAGUGGGUUUUGGAAUUGGAGACAGCUAAAAUCCAUAUACCAAAGCACUUUAUUGCUUUUGUAUAUUGUAAACAAUGUAAUAUUGAUUGUGAUCAGUAUUAUGUCAUGUCGGUCAUAACAGAUUUUAUAAAUGUUUUAAACUUUAUAUGUGUUUUCUUAAACAGUGAUGUACAUUUUUAUUGUUGUUUAUAUUCACAUUUAUGGAACAUGAUGUUUCUGUUUGAUUUCUGUACGGUGUUUUUUUAUGAAAAUUAAAGUGUGUACA